AUGGGUCAAGGUCAAUCUGGCAUGGGGGGAGAUGGGCGCGAUGACAAGGACAAGAAGAAGGAUAAGCCCAAGUACGAGCCUCCGCCCCGACCCACGACUCGAGUUGGCCGCAAGAAGAGAAAGGCCGGUGGCACCAGCGCCGCCCAGAAGCUUCCCGCCGUCUACCCGACCAGCCGAUGCAAGCUUCGUCUCUUGCGAAUGCAGCGAAUCCACGAUCAUCUCUUGCUUGAGGAGGAGUACGUCGAGAACCAGGAGCGUCUACGCAAGGCCAAGGCCGCCAAAGAGGGCCAGACCUCCGCCACCGAUGCGGAUGUCGACCGGUUAGCGGAUGAGCGAGGUCGCGUUGAUGACAUGCGAGGAAGCCCCAUGGGCGUCGGAACCUUGGAGGAGCUGAUUGACGAUGACCACGCGAUCGUUAGUAGUACGACCGGUCCCGAGUACUACGUCAGCAUCAUGAGCUUCGUCGACAAGGACCUGCUGGAACCCGGUGCCAGUGUUCUUCUGCAUCAUAAGAGUGUCAGCAUCGUUGGUGUCUUGACAGAUGAUGCCGAUCCUAUCGUCAGUGUCAUGAAGCUUGACAAGGCUCCUACCGAGUCAUACGCCGACAUUGGUGGUCUCGAGCAGCAGAUUCAGGAAGUCAGAGAGUCUGUAGAGCUGCCGCUGCUCCAUCCUGAGCUGUACGAGGAGAUGGGUAUCAAGCCUCCCAAGGGUGUCAUUCUCUACGGUGCCCCUGGUACAGGAAAGACGCUGCUGGCCAAGGCGGUUGCCAACCAAACGUCUGCCACUUUCCUGCGCAUUGUGGGCAGUGAACUGAUCCAGAAGUAUCUCGGUGAUGGACCGAGACUUGUGCGACAGCUUUUCCAGGUUGCUGGAGAAAAUAGCCCGUCCAUUGUCUUCAUUGACGAAAUCGAUGCCAUUGGUACGAAGCGAUACGAUUCGACGUCGGGCGGUGAGCGAGAAGUCCAGCGAACUAUGCUGGAGCUUCUGAACCAGCUGGACGGAUUCGACGACCGAGGUGACGUCAAGGUCAUCAUGGCCACCAACAAGAUCGAGAGUCUGGACCCUGCCCUGAUCCGACCAGGACGUAUCGACCGAAAGAUCCUCUUCGAGAACCCCGACCAGAACACCAAGCGCAAGAUCUUUACACUGCACACGUCCAAGAUGAACUUGAACGACGAUGUUGAUCUAGAGGAGUUCAUCUCGCAGAAGGACGACCUUUCUGGUGCCGACAUCAAGGCCAUCUGCUCCGAGGCGGGUCUGCUGGCUCUCCGAGAGCGGAGAAUGCGUGUCCAGAUGGCGGAUUUCCGAUCGGCGCGUGAGAGAGUGCUCCGCACCAAGCAGGAGGGUGAGCCGGAGGGUCUGUAUUUGUAA